AAAACCCGCGUUUUAGAAUGUUAUGGCGGCGAGAAGUAAGAACCAGUGGCAGCUAAACCAGCGAGUUGUGCUCACAGCGUCAGGAACCAGCGGCACACGUACACUACCGUGGAACCUGGACCGCAGCUGCAGCUUCUGGCAGCUUCCGUUCAUUUCGGCCGAAUUUAGCAGGCCAUUUCUAUUAGAAAGGCCAUGCCUCCUCCUCUUCCUCCUCCUCCUCCCUCUCCUUCUCCUCCUCCUCUUCCUCGGGGUAUAUCUCGACUUCGUCACACCUCUCAGCGCCCUCCUUUCCGUCUCCUUGCCGCAGCCUCCAUUACAGUCACAUCUCUCUCACUCACCUCUGUCUCAGUCGCAGCAGCAGCUUCAGCCGUCCAUUAUUGGGGAGGCACUAGCGGCUCCUUCUGCUGCUGCUGUUUCACUCAGGCGAAAGUGGCAGCUGGGAGCAGACUCCUCUGUGCGCCCACCACGCCCACUGAACGGCGAAACCCAGGCGGCAGGAGUGGUGUCUCCUCCGCUGCCGCCCAUCCCUGGGCCCCAACCACCAACUCGCCCUAAGUCGGCCAUCCCCGGUCCCCUGCUACCCUCUCGCCCCAACCCACUCAUUCCCGGCUCCCGCCUCUUCUCUCCAAGCGCUCUUAGGGCGUUUGAGCGCCGAUUCGAGUGCCUCGCAUCGCAGGGCGUGUGGGACUUGGACCCCCUGCCACGCCCCCUGCCCUGGACCCCAAGGGGGGGAUGGUCGGGGGGGGAAUGCGACGUGCGGUGGGCGGGGGAGGAAAUGUGGCGCGAGGAGAGGGCGGGGGAGGAGGAUGGGGAAGGGGAAGCUAGUGGAGAUGAGAUACAAGGAGAGGAGGGUGGUGGGGAGGAGACGAGGGGAGAGGAAAGCGUGGGGGCUUCACGAGAAGGAGAGGCAGCAGAGGGAGAGGAGAGUGGGAAAGAUGGUGGUGUGGGAGGGGAGGAUCAGGUGGUCGCAGGCAAGAUGGGAGACGGAGCAGUGGAAGGACGAAAGGCCCAAGAGCUUGCUGCAACCAGCCGCUUAGAUCAGGAAAUCUUAGAUCAGCCAAUUGCGGAAACAGACGGCUCUGAUGGGGCAGCUUUCGCCUCAGAUAGCCAAGCAGACGCUUCAGCAAUAUCGGAACCAGGAGAGUCGGAAGCACCUGAAGCAUGGGGAGCACCUGAAGAGUUUGGGGACUUAAGCGUGGACGAAGCAGCGACAGGGAGUGUGGGUGAAGAAUUGAGUGAGGGGCAAGGGGUUCUCGUGCCUCCGGAUCUAGACGAGUCAUCACUCGCAGCACCUGAAGCAACUGAAGAAACUGAAGCACCUGAAGAAGCUGCAGCACCUGAAGAAGUUAAAGCACCUGAAGUGAUUAAUACGCCUGAAACACCUGAAUCGCCUGAAGCCAUGGCAGCAUCUGAAUCACCUGACGCCGUAGCAGCAUCUGCAGCACCUGAAGGCAACAAUCUACCUGACGAGCAGACAACACCUGAAGGGAACAAUCUACCUGACGAGCAGACAACACCUGAAGGCAACAAUCUACCUGACGAGCAGACAACACCUGAAGGCAACAAUCUACCUGACGAGCAGACAACACCUGACGGGAACUCUGCGCCUUCAGCACGGCAAGAAGCGUCAUUCCCAAACUUGGCAUUUGAAGCAGCAGACAGAAUAUCCAUCUUCGCACGGCCAGCAGCAGAGUGGAGAGUAAGAGAAACACUUAGGUACCGGUGGCGAGUGAAGCUUAAGUGCGGGGCGUGGGGGGAAUUCGACAGGGCGAGACUGGCCACUGUGCUUGCAGGGAGAACUGUGCUUAUAGUGGGGGAUUCGCUCAGCUCUAUGAUGUUCAGGUCGAUAAGGAAUCACCUGCUGCAGAGACACGUGAGGGAUCAGGGCUUCUCUAGGUACGGUGAAGAGUUUGUAGAGAGGGGGAGAGAAGAGAGGGGGAAGAGGGAGAGUGUGGAGAGGAGACGUGUGGGGAGGGUUGUUGCUCGGGACGAGGUUCUUGCUGUGUGCGAGCAGCGCUUGCAGCACCCGCAGCUGCAGGAGAGGCCAGAUGUGGCGUUCUGUGGCGCUGUUUCCUUGGGCUUUGACCAUGAUGGUACAGGUGGUGAUAGUAGCAGCAGCAGUAGCAGCAGCAGCAGCGGCAGCGGCAGCAGUGGCAGCAGCAGCAGCAGCAGCAGCAGGAGCAGCAGCAGCAGCAGCAGCGGUAGUGCUAACAACAGUCGGCUCAGUAAUACACUGUUCCUUUACCUCCGGGAUGACAUACUCCAUACAAGCUUGGAACCCACUAUAAGAAUCCCCGAGCUUGUCUCCCUCCCGUGGAUCGAUAUCAUUCAGCCACAGAAUGGAGAUGACCCUCAUUCCCACACUUUACUGGGAGGCUACCAACCCGCCUCUAUCCUCAUUCUGAAUCGCGGGGCGCACUAUAAAGAGGACGAAGUGUUCCGAGCGGAGCUGAACGAAACACUUAACAAAGCACGAGCAGCGGUGCCAGAUCUCCUGAUCAUCUACCGCAGCUCGCCACCAGGACACAAAGACUGCGACAUUCUCACAGACCCAUUGGCUGAUCGACAAAACCCGGGCGAUUUACCCUAUCAUUGGGGGGAUUUUGCCCGGCAAAAUGAGAUUGCGAGGGAGUUGGUGAGGGGGGUAGGCGGUGUGUUCUUGGAUGUAGAUUAUAUGACGGCCUUGAGACCUGAUGGCCACAGCUCCCCCCCUGCUGACUGCUUGCAUUACUGCUUGCCAGGACCUCCCGAUGAAUGGACUCGACUCUUGUAUCACAUGCUUUUGGAUUUGCUUUAACAUGGUAUUCUUUAUUCGAUUUAU